GGGACGCAGCGAGCCGGCGCCAGGGCCUUUCGGCCGGGAAGCAGGAUAGGCGGGCGAGGUUGAUGCCCGGUGGCGGGGCGAGCACGGCGUCUGGCCGGCUUCUCUCAGCGGAUCCAAGAGGGGCGCGGGAGGCGGCGGCGUUCCGGAGUGGCCCGGCGGGCUCGAGCGGAGGCCGAGGCGGAGCAGGUGGCCCCGGGUCAGGGAGUGGAGGCCCCGCGGGCAGGAUGAGCCUGACCCCGAAGGAGCUCUCGAGCCUGCUGAGCAUCAUCUCGGAGGAGGCAGGCGGCGGCAGCACCUUCGAGGGCCUGUCCACCGCCUUCCACCACUACUUUAGCAAGGCCGACCACUUCCGCCUGGGCUCGGUGCUGGUGAUGCUGCUGCAGCAACCGGACCUGCUGCCCAGCGCCGCGCAGCGCCUCACGGCGCUCUACCUUCUCUGGGAGAUGUACCGCACCGAGCCGCUCGCCGCUAACCCGUUCGCAGCCAGCUUCGCGCACCUGCUCAACCCGGCGCCGCCAGCCCGGGGCGGACAGGAGCCCGAUCGGCCCCCGCUCUCAGGUACGACCCGCAGCCUGCUGUUCUGUGGGAGCUCGUCGGCUGGGAACAUAUUCGGCUUCCUCAGAGAGGAUCGACCCUCCCUCCCUUUCCAUACUUUGUUCCACUAAAAUGGGGGUGGGUAGUCAGAAGUUGCAAGCUUCUUUUCAAACUCACUGCACCCCAGAUGAUCCCUCCCAAUCGAAAAAGCCAACGCAUCGAACAAGCCCACCGAUGGUCUGGACUUAUUUUAAGUAUGUCAGAUACGGUUCGUUCAGGGUUUCUGCCUCCUAUAACUCCGCCAGAAAAGUUCUUUCUUUCCCAGCUCAUGCUGGCACCCCCGAGGGAGCUGUUCAAAAAGACACCUCGCCAGAUUGCACUCAUGGAUGUCGGAAACAUGGGGCAGUCUGUGGAUAUUAGUGGCCUUCAGUUAGCCCUGGCAGAGCGUCAGUCUGAGCUGCCAACCCAGAGCAAAGCUAGCUUCCCAAGCAUCCUCAGUGACCCGGACCCGGACUCCUCUAACUCUGCGUUUGACAGCUCAGUUGCCUCUCGGAUCACAGAGUCUUUAGUCAGCGGACCCAAGCCGCCCAUCGAAAGUCAUUUUCGCCCAGAGUUCAUCCGCCCACCACCACCUCUCCACAUCUGUGAGGAUGAACUGGCCUGGCUCAAUCCUACAGAACCCGAGCAUGCCAUUCAAUGGGACAGGUCAAUGUGUGUGAAGAAUAGCACUGGUGUGGAGAUCAAGAGGAUCAUGGCAAAAGCCUUCAAAAGCCCUCUGUCCUCUCCCCAACAAACACAGCUCCUGGGUGAGUUGGAAAAAGAUCCCAAACUUGUUUAUCACAUUGGCCUUACUCCAGCGAAACUUCCAGACCUAGUGGAAAACAACCCAUUAGUCGCUAUAGAAAUGCUGCUGAAACUAAUGCAGUCAAGCCAGAUCACCGAGUAUUUCUCGGUCCUGGUCAAUAUGGACAUGUCCUUACAUUCAAUGGAAGUUGUGAAUCGACUAACUACAGCUGUGGACCUACCUCCUGAAUUUAUUCACCUAUACAUAUCCAAUUGCAUUUCUACUUGUGAACAAAUUAAGGAUAAAUAUAUGCAGAAUCGCUUGGUGCGUCUUGUGUGUGUGUUUCUCCAGUCUUUGAUCCGUAACAAAAUUAUUAACGUGCAGGACUUGUUUAUAGAAGUGCAGGCCUUCUGCAUUGAAUUCAGCAGGAUACGGGAAGCUGCAGGCCUAUUUCGGCUGCUGAAGACACUGGACACUGGGGAAACCCCUUCUGAGACCAAAGUAUCAAAAUAAUACCUCAGCAGAACUGCCCCUUCUAUCGCUCAACUGUAUUUGGAUUGGUUUUUAAACUGUUGUAAUUCUUGAGUGGAUUGCUUGCUUUAUCUAAGAAAUAUAAAUGACACUUUAUUUACUUAAA